GAAGCUCAAACAGAUAGAGAGAGAGAGAGAGAGAGAGAGAGAGAGAGAGAGAGAGAGAGAGAGAGAGAGAGAGAGCCUCUGAUGGUCUUUUCUUGAAUCAAGACCAUGCGAUUGUAGCUUAUCUCAUCGAAAAACCUUAAUUAGAGAUGAACAGCUAAACCCUUGAAUCUGGGUCUCUGCGGUCCCUCAUUUUUUCCUUGAAUUUUCACUCAAAGCAGCCUGAGAAAGAACUAGCUGAAACAGCAGCUCUCUCUAUCUCUCUGUCCCUAUUCCUUAAGAAGACAAUUUCAGGAACUCGCCAUUUUGGGAUCCUGUUCCUCACUUCCUCCUACAGAAUGUUGAGGGAUUUCAAAUUCUUGCGCCGCAAUUCGGGAAAUAAUCCCCCCACGGAGGAAGUUGAGAAUGUGCCCUUAAACCCCAGGGAUUCGUCGGUAGUUCAUAUGGGUGCGGACGCACCUAGGGCUCCUCUAAACACAAUUCAAGAUCCUACCCAGAAGCCAAAACUUGCUCAAGAACAAGAGUCGGGUCUUCUUCGGACUAGGGUUGAAAGGACUCCGUCUAAAGCCAAGGGCAAGAGCUCUGAUGCUGCAUUUCCGAUUCGGACCCCUGAGAAACAUGGGAGAAGUAGGUUUGGGUGGGGUCAGAAGAAUGAACCACCCAGCUCAAAUGUUACUGAAGAUGGGAGAAUUGAUGCCACAAACACUUUGAUCCAGUCAAGCCGAGGGAAUGGGAGCUUCCACAACAUGACUCCUCGUUCAACCACAAGGGCAGUGGGGAGAGGUAGUUCAAGUUAUUCAGAGAGCAAUUCGACACAGAGCACACCAACCAAAAGUGUUACUAAGCCUCCAAAUCCGGGGUUCAGUUUAGCCAGUGGUUCUAGGCUUCCUGCAAAUGGAGGUGGUGCCCGUGUGGGGGGCUUCGCUGCGUUGUCUAAAGGGAUUCCGAUUUCUUGUGGUCCGUCGACAAUUAUUAACACAGUUGAAGUGCCCCACUUUGACCUCAAAGAGGAUCCUUCAUUCUGGAUGGACCAUAAUGUACAGGUUCUAAUACGCGUCCGUCCUCUCAAUGCCAUGGAGAAGAGCAUGACUGGUUACAGCAGGUGCCUGAAGCAGGAAAGUGCGCAGAGCAUCACUUGGAUUAGCCAACCAGAAACAAGAUUCACAUUUGACCAUGUAGCAUGUGAAUCAAUUGACCAGGAAACACUCUUUAGGUUGGCUGGGCUGUCAAUGGUGGAGAAUUGCCUGUCUGGAUACAAUAGCUGUAUGUUUGCGUAUGGUCAGACUGGAAGCGGGAAAACAUAUACAAUGCUUGGUGAGAUUGAAGAGUUAGAAGUCAAGCCCAGUCCAAACCGUGGAAUGACCCCACGCAUAUUCGAAUUCCUAUUUGCAAGAAUCAGAGCUGAGGAGGAAAGCCGAAGGGAUGAGAGAUUGAAGUACAGCUGCAAGUGUUCUUUCUUAGAGAUUUACAAUGAACAAAUUACAGAUCUACUUGAUCCUUCAUCUACAAACUUGCUUCUGCGGGAAGAUAUUAAAAAGGGUGUGUAUGUUGAAAAUCUAUCUGAAAUUGAAGUCUGGACAGUGAGUGACAUUCUCAGGCUGCUAGCUCAGGGAUCUUCAAAUAGGAAAGUUGCAGCGACUAACAUGAAUAGGGAGAGUAGCCGUUCACAUAGUGUCUUUACAUGCGUGAUUGAAAGUAAGUGGGAGAAGGAUGCCACUACUAAUCUACGGUUUGCACGGCUAAACCUUGUUGAUCUUGCUGGUUCAGAAAGGCAGAAAACUUCUGGUGCAGAGGGAGAGCGUUUAAAGGAGGCUGCAAACAUUAACAAAUCGCUAUCUACACUCGGUCAUGUGAUAAUGGUUCUAGUGGACGUGGCACACGGGAAGCCUAAACAUAUUCCAUAUAGAGAUUCAAGGCUGACCUUUCUUCUUCAGGACUCACUUGGUGGAAACUCAAAAACAAUGAUUAUUGCUAAUGUUAGCCCUUCUAUAUGCUGUGCUGCUGAAACGCUGAACACUCUCAAGUUCGCUCAGCGAGCCAAACUCAUUCAGAACAAUGCUGUGGUGAAUGAGGAUUCUUCAGGGGAUGUUGUUGCACUACAACAUCAAAUACGACUAUUAAAGGAAGAACUUUCUGCUCUCAGACGUCAAAAUGUCUCCAGAUCUCUGUCAUUCGGUUCAAGCAUUGCUGCAGAUAUUACCCAAGCACAUGAAAGAGUUCGCAAUGAAGAGGAACUUGAAAUGUACCAACAGAGGAAUGAUGAUCUACUUGGACCUGAAUCCAAAUGUGCUAUGAGAGUGUCAUCUAAACAGUUGAAAUCUCUAGAGACAACACUUGCUGGUGCCUUAAGAAGGGAGCAGAUGGCAGAAAAUUCUAUCAAGCAACUUGAAGCAGAAAUUGAACAACAGAACCGUUUGGUUCGUCAAAGAGAGGAGGACACCAGGUGCACUAAAAUGAUGCUGAAGUUUCGGGAAGAUAAGAUUCAAAGAAUGGAGUCACUUCUUGGUGGCUUAAUACCUGCAGAUACUUACUUACUGGGAGAGAACAAAGCUCUCUGUGAAGAGAUUCAGUUAUUACGAGCUAAAAUCGAUAGAAACCCAGAAGUAACUCGCUUUGCAUUGGAGAAUAUCAAGCUUUUAGAUCAACUUAGAAGAUUUCAAGAUUUUUAUGAAGAAGGAGAGAGAGAAAUACUAUUGGCUGAAGUGUCCCAAUUGCGGGAUCAGCUACUUCAAAAUCUUGAUGGGGUUAAGAAUUAUAACCAUCCAAAUUUGAAUGCCACACCACAGGAAGCAAUAUUCACUAGUAAAGAAAAGGAUUCACUCCAGUUGGAGUUAAAAAACACUCUUGGGGAGUUGGAUGAAUGCAGGAUUAACUUACAUUCUUGCUUAAAGGACAAUGCAAAACUCAGUAGAGAAAUAGAUGAUUUACGGUCUCUGUUGAACAAUGUCAAAUCUGAAUGCAAUGAUGGAGAUGGCAGUAUGAAAUUCAUGAAGGAGUCUUCAUUAGAAACUUCAUCUUUUGAACCUCAUUUUCUGAAAGAAGUUAAGGAGGACAAAGCAGAAGGGAGCCAUGAAACUCUGUUGAAACACACUGAAGAAUUCGUGCAUUUGCAGCUGGAGUUGGAUAUACUAAAGAUGAUUCUCAAAGAAGAGAGUGUGGUUCGUGGCAAGAUAGAGGAGAAGGCAAUGUGCUUCACUAGCGAUCUAGAGAUUGCAAAAGAUAAGGUUUCACAGAUAGCCAAAGAAUGUGAUGAUCUAAAAGGUGAACUGAAGGAAGCGAAGUCCAUUAUUGAAGCCUUUGAAUCCCAACAAAUUCUAUCUAUCAAUGAGAUGGAUGAUCUGAGGAACAGUAAAAAUAAUUAUGUGGAACUUUUGAGUAAGAAGGAGCUAGAGAUCAUUUCUCUGAAGGAGAAACUUUGUUGUCAAAAGUUACAAGAUCAACCUCCUUUGAAGCAUUCUGAAAGAUAUGAUUCUCCCUUACAGGAAAAAUUGAAGAGGAUGCAUGACUCUCUUGAGAAGGCCAAAAGAAUGAAUAUGUGGUACCAAAAUGAUCGCGCAUUUCAGGCAUCAAACGAAGAAGAAAUGGAUGAGGUUCGUAAGCAGGCUGAGGCUGAAACUGCUGAGGUAAUUAUAUGUUUGCAGGAAGAACUUAUCAUUCUUCAGCAGCAAGUCGAAGAUAGCAAUUUUAAGGAGAUGGAAUCAAAAAAUUGUAUGACAGUUUUGGAAACUGAAUUGAAGGAGCUGCAAGAAAAAUUACACGUGAUGACCAAAGAAAAUGUAAGGUUGGGUGAAAUGCUUGAGGAGAAAAAUAUGGAACUAAGAAUAGUAUCUGAAGAAUGGGGUAAGUUGACUGGUGAGAUUGAAGAAGUCCUUGCUGACGGUUCUGAUGCACUGAAAGAUGCAUCUGAUCAGCUAGAUUCUAUAUCCUGUUCGUUUCCACAGAGAAGGACUUGGAUCUCUGAUCAGUUUGGCAAAACAAUAAAAAUAAUAUAUGAAAAGGAAUUAUUAAUUGAAGAACUCAGCAGAUGUUUAGAAAAUGCAAACAGUAGAAAAAGUGAAGUGGAAUGCAUGCUGAGGUCUUUGAAAGGUGCAGCAAUGGUAAUAACUGAAGCACAUCAGCAAGACUGCAGUGAAAAAGAGAGAGAAAUUCUCCUGCUAAGGUCAGAGUUGAGUGAAAAAGCAUCUACUAUAAAAAAGUUGGGAAACAGGCUUAAGUUGGGAGAGGAUUGCUCCACAAAAGCAUCAAUCUGUGCCACAGUGGCUUUUGUGAUUGUGAGUAGAUUUUCUGAGAUGAAUGCAAAUCAUCUCAAGCAACUGAAGGACAAGGAUUUUCAGCUAAGUGAGUUAGUAGAAGUGAACCUGAGGAAGGACGCCCUUCUCGAUGAUCAGGCUGUUAUGAUUGAGGAAGCAGAGACUCAGAUUCAAAGUCUUAGAAUGGAGCUAGAAACUUUGGAAGAGAACUGUGGUAAGCUAAGACAACAGCUCUUGGAGGAGCAGAAACGUGUUUGUGCUAUGGAACAGAAGCUUGAAGCAAUUGAAGAAAAUGAUGUUUUGAAGACAAGAGAAAAAUUAGUAGAGCUGAAAACUGAAAUUUCCUCACUCUUGUCUUGCAUGAGCAAGCGUGUCGAGGUGGUGGGAAGUACAGAGAAAAGAGAUGCACCCAGAAGUUAUGACUGUACAUCAUCUGUCACUGGAAUGUGUGAGACAGGUACUGAAACAAAUCAAGACGCCAACAACAUUCACUCACAUUUGAUAGAGGACCUGAAGCCAGAUAAGUUGGGAUGUUCUUUAAGAGUAGGCAAGAGCAUGUGCCAGUCUAGACAGAUGUGCAAGGGCACUUCUGAUGUAGAUCUUACUGUACUUCUAAGAGAGGAAAUAGAAUCUACUAUUGAAAGCUUUAAAGUGGUGCAAAACCAAAUUUCCAAACUAUGUAAUGAGAAAGAGGAUGCUUUUAUCACUGAAAAGCAGAGUCAAGAAAGCAUGAAAUGUCUGAUGUCUGAGGCACUUUCACUGCAACGGGCUAUGAGUAGCUUUGAAAAGUUAUUUGGACUCAAAAUAAUGGAUAUGGAUCAUAAGCUGCAGGCAGUUGAACUGGUUGUGCAUAAAGUUGGUGUAGACUGGUGCCAAGUUAAGGAGUUACUUGAACUAGAAGUUGGAGAUGCUAAGAUAAUUGCAAACCAGGGAGCUGCAGAAGCCUCUUGUAUUCUUGGUAAAUUUGAAGAGGCCCAAGAAAUGAUGAAAGAAGCAGAUGUCAUGAUAAACAAAUUGUUGAUAGCUAAUGAAAUGCUGAAGAUUGAGGUUGAAGGGUUGAGGAAAAAGGAAGUCACCUUAAUCAACGAAAAGGAAAUCCUAAUCACUAAGGUGGAAAGUUUGCAAUCUUCCAAUGAUCUUAAGGAUCAGCAAUGUGAAGAACUUGAGAAGCAGCUUAUCACAAAUUUGACGGACACGAGGGAUCUGGUAGUGGAGUUGGAGGGUACCACUGCAGAGGUCCAGGAAGCUUUCAAGAAAGAUUUCAUGUUUAUGACUGGUGAAUUCUGCUGCAUAAAGUCUCGACUUCUUGAAUCUACAAAGUCGUUGCGGUCAGGGCUUGAGGACAUCUGGUCUGAGUUAAUUGUAAAAGAUUGCGCUGUGUCCGCAUUACACCUGUGUCAUAUGGGAAUAUUGUUGGAAACAGUGACAGGUUUGAAUGCAGAAAAUGGUUUGCUUCAUCAUGGGCUGUGUGAGUCUCACUCUGUCAUAGCAGAUCUGAGGCAACGUAAUGUUAAAUCCAGAAAAGAGCUUGAAAUGUGUAGGAUUCUAAAGGGGAAGCUGCUGGCUGACAUCAAGAACAGUUUUGAUCGCAUCUCAAGGAAAGAGGAUGAAACUGGGGAACUUGGCAUCAAGCUAAAUGCUUUUGAGAAAAAAAUAAUGGAUCUACAGCUUCAAGAGGAGUUAAUGUUGCAAAGGUCUAAUUCUAUGGGAUCUGAGCUUGCUAUUUUAAUAAAAGAGCUGGAUCUGAGUAAUUCAAAUGUUUUAGCAUCUCUUGUGAACCAAGAGAAAUUGCUGAAGGAUAAAGAGGAAAUAAUAAAAUCUCAGACAGAGCUUUUCGUCAUAGACUUGUUCCGCAAAGAUUUUGAGUCACUUAUUAUGGCAUCAGAGUUAAAAGAACUGGCACUCCGAAAUUCUGAGAAGGAAAGUAUGCAAGUCCAUUUUUCUGCUGUCCUUGGGAACUUAAUGAAAGAAAUAAUUUUUCUCAAUCUAGAUGCAGGAUUGAAAGAACAGUUCUUAAUUGAUAAGGAAGGUGAGGUUGCCCUUCUACAGGACGAAAUUGAAGAAGUUCAGAAGGAGAGGCAGGACCUGUUGUUGAAUCUAAAUCAAAGUAGUUUAAAAAUAAAACAGAUGGAUGAGAUGAAGAAGGUUCUUGAAAAUGACAUGCAGUUGCUCAAAAGUGCUGCUUCUUCAAAUGAAUUGUUGAAAGGUGAACUUGGAGAAGUUGUGGAAGCAAAUGUGAGACUGUCAAACCAGGUUCACAAUCUUGAAUUUGAACAUGAAAAACUCGUAGAAGAGCUGAGACUGAAAGAAAAGGAUCUAGAGUUUUCUUGCAGUCAUGUAUCUGUGCUAGAUGUACAAAAUGAAAAGUUGCAGAAAGACAUUUGCUUGCUGGAAGCUUCUUUUUGCAGGCUUCAAGAUGAGGUGGGCAUGAAAAAUGCUGAGCUAAGUAGAAUGAGCUGCUUGGAGAUUGAAAACAAAUCUUUGAUGGAUGAUAUUAAGAAGUUGAAGUCAGAAAACUGCAUUAUUCUUCAAGAUUUAGAAGCAAAGAGAUCUGAACUUGAAUCAUCUUUAAGGCAUAUAAAUGCCUUUGGUAUGGACAAACAGAACCUAGAAGACAAAGUUUCCUCCAUGGAGGUGAGCAUUGCCAAUCUACAGACUGAUCUAGACCGUGGAAAUGCAGAACUAGCUGAACUCCAAGAUCACCACUCCAUUAUCACAGAGCAGUUGUUCCUGAAAAGUCAAGACCUGGAUGUCCAUGUUAACAAAGUAAAUGCAUUGAUGGAAGAGAAUGUUUUUCUGAAUAGUGAAUUGAGGUCUCAUGUAAAAAAUAAGCAUGAAGUCCUUACCAUGUUGAGUGCAAACAUUAUGAAGUCUGUUGAUGCAGUAGAAUCUGUAGAUAUGGUUACUGGAAGAAUGUUUAACAUGCUAAAUGAACAAAACACUAUGAUCUUAGAUAGAAUGCUCAAAGAGAUUUCUGAAAAUCUAGAGAGGACAUCUAAAUUCAUUGAAGAGUUGAAGUGCUUGGAGGACCUGUCUGAAGAGCUUAUGUCUGAAAAUUCGUGGCUUCAGAGUGAGUUGUUGAGGAAGGAUGAUGUUUUAAGAGGUUUGUCAUUUGAUCUGAGACUGUUGCAGGAAUCUGCGUCUAAUGCAAAGGAUCAAAAAGAUGAAAUCGAAGAUAUGGCAGCUUCUUUGGAGGCUUUAGAAGAUGAGCUCACUGUAAGAUCCGGUGAACUUGAAGAGGCUGUUGCUCAUGGCAAAAAUCUUGAAAUUCAGUUGCAGGAGAAAAUGGACAUAAUCUCAUCACUUAGGUUGGAGAUAUCUAAAAAUCACGACUCGCUUGAUUCACUUUCUCGUGAAAAUUUUGAGCUUAGAGCUCACUUUGAAGAAGCCUUGGCAGCAAAAAGUUGCUUUCAGGAUGAGUUAACAGAAAAAAGGAAGAUAAAUGACAGCUUAGAAAUGGAACUACUUGAAAUGGGCAGCUCUAUUGAACAGAUGAGUAAUUCAAUCGAGUCUAUGAAGAGUAAUUUGAGCAUGGUUACAAGUGAGAGAGAUCAGCUCCAAGAGGAAAUUCUUAUUUUGAGAAAAGAGCUUGAAGCAACGGGUGUUCUGGCUGAAGAAAAUGAAGCAAACAUUCUGGAAGCUCAGCAGAUGGCCGAAGCAAGACGAAUUUAUGCUGAAGAGAAGGAAGAGGAGGUAAAGCUACUAGAAAGAUCCGUGGAAGAGUUGGAAUGUACCAUCAAUGUACUAGAAAACAAGGUUGACAUUGUCAAAGGAGAAGCUGAACGGCAGCGGUUGCAGAGAGAGGAGCUAGAGUCGGAGCUUCAUGCUAUAAAACAUCAGAUGGAAAGUGUUGAAAGUGGUGAUGCGGACAUGAAAAGGAUUUUACAUGAAAAAGAGAAAAAUGUUCAGGAAGCCCUGGACCGUAUACAGCUUCUCGAGGGAGAGAUUGCUUGCAGGGAUGCAGAGAUUUCCCAAUGCAAAGCACAUAUAUCGGAGCUUAGUUUGCAUGCUGAGGCACAAGCUAAUGAAUACAAGCUAAAGUUCAAGGCAUUGGAGAUCAUGGCUGAACAAGUUAGACCGGAGGGAUCUUCUACACAUGUUACAAAUUCUUUGUCAAUCAAAUCAGAAAAAAAUGCCACAAAGUCUAGGGGAUCUGGUUCCCCAUUUAAAUGCAUUGGGCUGGGUUUGGCCCAUCAAAUUAAAUCUGAGAAGGAUGAGGAGCUCACUGCUGGAAGAGUUCGUAUUGAAGAGCUUGAAGCCUUAGCUGCUCAUCGUCAGAAAGAGAUAUUCAUGCUAAAUGCUAGAUUAGCUGCUGCAGAGAGCAUGACACAUGAUGUAAUUCGAGAUUUAUUGGGAGUAAAGUUGGAUAUGACCAAUUAUGCGUCAUUAUUGGAUAAUCAGCAAGUGAAGAAGAUAACAGAUAAGGCUCUAAUUCAUUGUACUGAAGCUCAAGUGAAGGAGCAGGAAGUAAACAAGCUAAAGCAGCAGCUCAAUGAAUUUAUUGAAGAAAGGCAAGGAUGGCUGGAGGAGAUCGACCGAAAACAGGCAGAGAUGGUGGCUCUGCAGAUUUCACUUGAAAAGCUUCGCCAGCAAGAUCGUCUAUUAUUAACUGAAAAUGAAAUGUUCAAGAUGGAGAAUAUAAAUCAUAAGAAGAAAGUGAUGGAGCUUGAAUCUGAAGUAAAGAAGCUGUGUGGUCAGCAAAAUUUGCAACAGCGCAUCCAUCAUCAUGCCAAAAUCAAGGAGGAAAACAACUUGUUAAAAAUUCAGAAUGAAGAUCUCAGUGCUAAGCUGAAGCGAGCAGAGACUAUUCUUUCACGCGUGAAGGAAGAGCUUGCUCGGUAUCGCGCUGCAAAUGGCAGGUGCCCAUAUAUUGAUCUUGAUGAGGAGCAAAGGUUGAAUAACAAACUAAAGGAAACUGAAGAGGAGAGACUCCAGUUAGCUCAGAAGUUGCUGGCAUUAUGUACCAGCAUCUUGAAGGCUGCUGGAAUAACAAAACCAGUGUCUGAUGUAAGCCUCCCUGUUGCUGAAGAGGCUCUAGAGCAGCUAAAAAACCGGAUUACUUUGCUGGAACAAGAAUUGCAAGAUUUGAAAUUUAAGAAUAUAAUGACUGGUGAAAGAAUUAGGUUGUCCGAGUCCAUGCCACAACCCUCACCAUUAAGCUCGAGGUCCUACGAUAAUCAUCAAACUUCCAAAAGAGGAUCUCAAACGCCAUUUCUUUCUGCUUUAGAUAGAUAAGCCCACUAACAAGGAAAUUGUGUUGUUAAGAUGAACUGUUAGUUUUUUGCUAACAAUUUUGAAAUUCAACUUGUGCUAUUCUUUUUGUUUAGAUGGUUCAACUGUAAAUUGAUUCAUUUUUUAACAUGUGUGUAUAUAUGUAUAUUUUUUCAUGUAAUGUAAUUGAUUCGAUGGAAAUAUAUAGCGUCAUUUCUUUUUU